UCUGCAAAGCGGCCGCCCUCCUACGCAACGCCCACGAUAGGCCGCCCGCUCCUGCCAAGAUCCAUUACAACUUUCCGCUCCUCGUCCGGUCGUGGUGGAGCCGUCGCCGCCGACCUCCGGCUCCUCUUCCGCCGACGCACGGCAGCUCGAAGGGUAGAUCCUCCGCUCCGUCCGGCUUGUUGAGGGUCCGUGAUCUAGUAAGCUACUCUCCUGGGGCAGCAUGCCUAAGAUAAAGACCAGCCGUGUGAAAUAUCCCGAAGGAUGGGAGCUUAUUGAACCGACUCUCCGUGAUUUGGAAGCCAAAAUGAGAGAAGCCGAGAAUGAUACACAUGAUGGGAAGAGGAAGUGUGAGGCUCUCUGGCCCAUCUUCCGCAUCUCUCACCAAAAGAGCCGUUAUAUAUAUGAUCUCUACUAUCGAAGGAAGGAGAUUAAAAAGGAGUUGUAUGAGUUUUGCUUGGACCAGGGUUAUGCAGACAAAAAUCUGAUUGCUAAAUGGAAAAAGCCAGGCUAUGAGCGUCUCUGCUGCCUCCGCUGCAUACAGACACGCGACCACAACUUCGCAACCACCUGCGUCUGCAGGGUCCCCAAGCACCUGAGGGAGGAGACGGUGAUAGAAUGCGUCCACUGCGGAUGCAAGGGGUGCGCCAGCGGCGAUUGAGGCCGCCAACUCGUGGUAGAGAAUAAUCCAAAACUAAUCACCCCAUUAGACCCCUGAUGAGAACAAGUGCUACUGCAUAAUCAGGUGAUCCGCGCAAAUGUAUUGUUAACUUGGUACUAUGUGUGAGAAUACUGUUUUUUCGCUGUGGAAGCUGGCAACUGUUUGGCUGAAUGUUGUAGCCUGAUCUUCCAUUAUGGAUUACUGUUGUUGUGCCUUGACUA